UUCCCCUUCCGCUUCGACGCCCUAGGAAGAUCCUCCUGGUUGUCAUGUCCAUCUGGAGAAGAUGGCUUCCAAGCGGAUCUUCCUAGGGCUUCGAAGCAGAAGCGGAACUCGAAGGCGCGCAAGGAUCUCCAGAAGGAUCCUCCUACCUCUUCCAGCGCUGAAACAAUCCCAAAGCAGGAUUCCUGUUCCCACCCUAGUUCUUCCCUCGGAGUCUGCGAUGUUUGUGAGGAACUCCUUCCAGAAAUUUGUGGCGUGCCUUUUGAAAUUACGCAGCGGUGGCUAUUUUCUUUUCAGGGACGAAUUUCAACCGAAGAUGUUCUUUGGGUUUGGCCUUGACCAAGGCAAUCUGUGUCCCGCCUUGUCUCUGUUGGAGUGCUUCCCAUCCUAGAGCUUCAUUGUGCACCUCAAUACUUAGAAAAGCUAAGAAGGUUGAUCAGUUAUUUUGCAGUAAUGUCAGAGUUGGAAGAACCGGAUAUUUCUCCUUUUAGCUUGGUGUUUACGCUUGUUUU